CAAGUUAUCUGAACUCGCUCUGCUCUAUUUAGUUUCAUAAAACCUUGACGGUGCAGGACAUUCUUACUGUGCCUAUGAAGUGAUACAAAGAGCGAAAUGACGCCCACUAGCGGACACUGAAGGUGACCGAAAUGCGCGUUCACGGAGGCAUCGGACGCAGGCGCAGUGUGACCGGGGAUCGGCGUCGCGCUGCCGCUGGCUUGCUGAAGAGGGGAGACGAGCUGGCUCGAGAGACAGACCAGCCAGGCGUGUGCGCUGCGGAGUAUAACACAGUCAAAUUAAACUGGAGGAAUCGGAAUUCUGUACAGCACAACUGACCUACACUACACCGAUUUACAUAUUGUAUGACUAUGGGAAACGAAACAGGUUGUGUCUGUCAGAGUUGUAUACAUCACUAGAGAAGAAGGACUGCACUGAAAACUGAGUCCUAAACUUGGAGAAUACAUCUUGUUGUGGUUCUGUUGCUGAGGUGUCGUCCACUGUUCUGAAUAUGUCCAGGCCAGGCUCACAGGAUGACACGAGAACACAGGACUUUACAAAAUAUCUCUUAAACCGUGGGUUAGCAGCUGGACGAUGAGACCCAGGGAUUAAAGGUUUAAUAGCAUCCUGGGAAAUUCUUACAAAGAACUUUGGGUGAAUGAGUCGGAGGAAGGAAGCAGAAGCAUGCAAACGGAGGGCAGUAGAAGGAGAGACUGCAGUCCCAGAUAUUGUGUUUUGCAGCUGCUGUUUCUUCAACACAAUCAGUUCUUCACAUUCCUUGAAAGCAGAGCACGUUGAGGGGGCGUUUAAACAGAGAUGAGUGGCACUUUCUCGGCACUAGCAGAGCUUUUGAAUUCAUGCAGACUAUGACCAGUUAUCGAGCUGUUCAGAAUGACCUCAUGGUGGGCCCAGUAUUAGGAGGGUGUGUGGAGAUUUCGGGGGGCGAUUACUGCCCGCCACAUUUCCGGAAUGGAAACACUCCGCAGAUGCAUCAUGACGCUGGACUGUCGCGGCUCAGUGGCACUCCGGCCGUGCCCAAAAUGGGGGUGCGUGCCCGGAUUAAAGACUGGCCCCCCAGGAGAGAGCUCUCCAAAGAGUCUCUUCUGUCCAGUCCCUUACAUGAAGCGGACCAAGGGUCACAGUGUGUCCGGGACCUCGCUCCCCGCAGCCACAAUGGACAGAGCCCUUCGGGGGACCCCUCAUCCGGAGGGUUUAGGGGUCUCCAGAGGAUCCCCCGGCGCCACUCUAAAGACGUGGAGUUUCAGGAUGGCUGGCCCCGUUCCCCAGGCAAACGAUUUGCCCCUCUGUGGACUCGGAGUAACAGUGAGAUCACUCUUAGUGAACACGACACAGAGGCUCCUGAGCCUGCCAGGGGGACCAAGCACAUGGCGACAGGAAUGCCUCUGUUCAGGGAGUACGGCAGCACCUCCUCCAUCGACGUGCAGGGAAUCUCAGAGCAGAGCUUCUUCGAGAUGCUCAAUGAAUUCCGCCAGGAACUGCCGGACCAGCGGAGUGCCGCGCCGGACAAACUCCACGAGCUUCUGCGGGCAGACGCCAGUGCAGCAAACUCCAGCCUCAAUCUUAGCAGCACUGCCUCCAAAACUGACCUGAGGAACGGGCAAGCCAAAGAGGAGACCAGGCCCCUGCAGAAGACAGAGCGCGAGCGGGCGAGGAAGAAAAGCGGGAAGUCUGACGGGAGUGGCAGCACAGAUUCCUCAAUCUUCAGGAAACUGCUUAGCCGUGGCGAGACGGACACACCGGGCAAGGCUGGCUUCGACCAGGAAGAAGGCAGGAUCCAGGAGCCCACGUGCAAACCCUGGGUGUGCCCAAAAAGCUUUGCCCACUACGACGUGCAGAGCAUCCUCUUUGACGUGCUUCAAGUGGCAGCAAACCGCGACUAUGUGGCUCAGAGGAGGAAUACCACAACAGGAGCCUCGGCUGCAUCUGCUGUUUCCCUGGCCGUCAACAGAGCUCUUGGACUAGGGGGCCUGGAACCCACCUUCAUGAGCACGGAGGACUUGAACUAUAAGGAGAACCUGGAGCAUGAUCUGGGGGACUAUCAAAGCAAUGACCUCCUGCUCAGCUGCCCUCAUUUCCGAAACGAGAUCGGCGGGGCGGGGGAACGCAACGUCAGCUUUUUGAAGUCGUCGGCAGGAUUCUCAGGAGGCAGUGAAGGAGGCUUCAUCGAGCCGUCUCUCAACAUGCACUGCACCAACGCCAGCAUCUCCAUGCUGGAGAUUCCCAGCGAGCUGCAGAGCUGCCGGCUGGAGCGGCUGAAGCACUACAGCAUGGAGCACAUGGACAUGGGAGCGCAGUACUACAAGGGCUACUUCCACAGCAAGGAGCAUUUUAACUAUUUUGGAACGGAUGAGAAGCUGGGUCCAGUAGCGAUCAGCAUUAAGAGGGAGAAACUGGAGGAUACGAAGGAGCACAAGGACCAGUAUCAAUACCGGCUCAUCUUCAGAACUAGCGAGCUGCUGACUCUUCGAGGGGCGAUCCUGGAGGACGCGGUGCCCUCCACCUCGAAGCAUGGCACGGUGCGGGGGCUGCCCCUCAAAGAUGUGCUGGAGUACGUCAUCCCUGAGCUCAGCACCCCCUGCCUGCGGCUGGCACUCAACACCCCCAAAGUGACGGAGCAGCUGCUGAAACUCGACGAGCAAGGGCUCAGUAAGAAGCGCAAAGUGGGGAUCCUGUUCUGCAAAGCCGCUCAGAGCACAGAGGAGGAGAUGUACAACAACGAGGAGGCAAGUCCUGGCUUCGAGGAUUUCCUGUCCCUGCUGGGGGAGAAGGUGUGCCUGAAGGGCUUCUCCAAGUAUGCUGCCCAGCUGGAUACAAAGACCGAUUCGACUGGGACUCACUCGCUGUUCACUUCCUAUCAGGAUUACGAGAUCAUGUUUCACGUCUCGACAAUGCUUCCGUACACGCCAAACAACCGUCAGCAGCUCCUCCGUAAAAGGCACAUAGGAAACGACAUUGUCACGAUCAUCUUCCAGGAGCCCGAUGCCCUGCCUUUCACCCCCCAGAACAUCCGCUCCCACUUCCAGCACGUGUUUGUCAUCGUCCGAGUGCACAGCCCUUGCACAGAGAACGUCUGCUACAGUGUGGCAGUAACAAGAUCAAAAGAUGUGCCUCCGUUUGGGCCCCUGAUCCCAUGUGGAGUGACGUUCCGCCGUUCCGAGGUAUUCCGGGACUUUCUGCUGGCUAAGGUGAUUAACGCUGAGAACGCAGCGCAUAAGUCUGAGAAGUUCCACACCAUGGCGACUCGCACGCGCCAGGAGUACCUCAAAGACCUGGCAGAGAACUGCGUCUCCAACACCCCCAUCGACUCAACAGGGAAGUUCAACCUCAUCUCUCUGACCUCCAAGAAAAAAGAGAAGACCCGGGCGCGUGAGGGUGCAGAGCUGGGCAGUCUGGCCGCCAUCACCUGGCGUGUCUCCUCUCAGGACUUCAGCCGCGCCGAGGAGAUCGACUGCACCCUGGGCAUCUCCAACGAGUUUGUGGUUCUGAUCGACCAGGACACCAAGGAGGUGGUCUUCAACUGCUUCUGCGGAGACGUCAUCGGCUGGACCCCUGAUCGACUCGCCAUCAAGAUCUUCUACGGCCGCGGAGACCACAUCUUCAUCAGGGUGCCCGAGGACAGAGCAGAGGACAUCAGGGAGAUAGUGCAGAGGCUCAAGGUCAUGACGAGUGGAUGCGAGACGGUGGACAUGACGCUGCGGCGGAACGGACUGGGCCAGCUGGGCUUCCACGUGAAGUUCGACGGCACGGUGGCCGAGGUGGAGGAGUACGGGUUCGCCUGGCAGGCCGGGCUGAGGCAGGGCAGCCGAUUGGUGGAGAUUUGCAAGGUCGCCGUGGUGACGCUGACACACGACCAGAUGAUCGACCUCCUGAGGACCUCUGUCACUGUCAAGGUGGUGAUCAUCCCGCCUCUUGACGACGGCGCGCCACGCAGGGGCUUCUCUGAAGAGUAUGAGAUGAAGACGAUGGAGCAGAAGCCUGAGCCGGAGAGCGUGCCCGCUGGGUACAGGGUGGCGUACCGAAGCCCUGCCUGGCAGUGGUCAAGCCCCUCCUCCCAGAAUGCCUUGCAGCCCCAGAGAUGGGCAUCGCCGGGGAGGCCACAGCAGCCCAUGGGCCGGCCGCAGAAGCCAGGGGCACCGAUUCCAUACAGAGAACCACAGCCAGUGCAGAGCAAACGGCCUGUGAGUUUCCCUGAAACCCCCUAUAGCAACACAUCCCCUGGAGGGGGCGACAGAGGGCAGCCCUACAGGAACACCUCGGGCAGCUUCUCGACCCCGGGCUCCGGCGCAGGGGUGGCACUCACCCGCUACAAACAGUCCUCCGACAGGUACGGCACACCACAGCGGCCUCUGAUCGGCUACGAGCAGCACGUCAGCCAUGAAGUGAUGUCAAGUGGAGACUCGUCAUCCGGCUUUACCAGCCAGGAGAGCACCAUGGAGAGGACUAAACCAGACCCUCUGUGGCACGUGCCACCGUCAUCGCGGGUCCCGGGCAUGAACAGUGCCCCGAAACGCGCCAACAGACAGGAGAUGCCAGCCAAGGACUCUCCCAACAGACAUUCCAGAGGUGAAGCCCAGUACUCAAGCCAUUCCAGCAGCAACACUCUGUCCAGCAACGCGUCGAGCAGCCACAGUGACGAGCGCUGGUUCGACUCGGGGGACCCCGCGGAGGCUGACCAGGACCCCAUGGCCAAGGGGGGCUCCAGCGACAGCGGGAUCGACGCCAGCACCCUGUACACACCCAGCCCCAACUCCACGGGGGUGAAGCCGGGCCUCCCCCUGCCCACCGCACACCAGCGAGACCAACCCCAGAAACCCAUCCUGGCCUCCGCCACCUACAGCGGCCUCCAGGAGCACACCAUCCGCGCUGCGGAGAGGGACAAGAGGAGAGAGUCGUCCCCGGCUAUCGGCAUCUCCCCGCAGGUCAAGGGCUACCGGACACAGGCCUACGCCCUGCCAGGCGCCAGCAGCACCCCCGCCCCGACCACCAGCCAAGGGUUUAAACAGGCCAGGGUUGGCUUCACCCCUCAAGGCUACAAGACGCCAGUGCUGGACAAGCCCAAGCCCACGAAGGGAUCCCAGUCUGGGUCCCACCAGCUCUCUACCUCGAUACCCAAGUCCUUCUACUCCAAGAAUAAGCACGUCACAGGCUGGAAGAAGAGCGAGGACGCCCUGGCCCGGCCCAGCACCUUCACCGACCACAAGAAGCAAGUUGAAGUGAACUCCAAGAACGUUUUUGGCCAGCCAAGGUUGAGAGCUUCUCUGCGGGAUUUGAGAUCCCCGCGGAAAACCUACAAGUCAACGAUCGAAGACGACCUGAAGAAGCUUAUUAUCAUGGACUGUCCAGGAUCCGACCAAGACUGGGACGGGUCCCAGAGAAAGCCUCUGCAGCGCACGUUCUCUGACGAGAGUAUCUGCAGCGGCCGCAGGGACCCGAGCUACGCCAGCGCCCAGCUGUUUGACCCACCGCUGCCCAGUGACUUCCUGUUCACCAGCACUCUGCCCAGCCGCAGGCAGCACCAGCCUCAAGUGGUCGCCAGCCUGCCAGAGAAGAAGUCGAAUAUCUCUGCGUCGGAGCUGUCCCUGACGGAGGUGCGAGACAAGACCCCACUCCGACGCCCCGACCCCGGCAUGAUGCCCCUCCCGGAUACCGCCUCCGGCCUGGAGUGGUCCAGCCUGGUCAACGCCGCCAAAGCAUACGAAGUUCAGAGGACAGUGUCGCUGUUUUCCCUCAAUGAUCCUUCCCUGGGAUGUGAAGUGAGGUCAUCGCUCAGCCCGGUGCACACUCUCGCAGCCCCUGAGAGGCUGGCCACUCCCAGGAUCACACCUCCCAUCAGCGAGGAGAUUCCAGGCGACCUGAAGGGGCGGCUGUAUCAGUUAGAGGUCAUGCUGAAACAGCUCCAUAGCGACCUGGAGAAGGAGAAGCAAGACAAGGUCAUCCUGUUGACAGAAGUGUCGAACUUGAGAGAGAACAACCAGCGUCUUCAGAAGGAAUCUGUGUCGGCCAACGAGCAGCUGAAAAAGUUCAGCCACAUCUACACCAGCUCCAUGGAGAGGAAGUAGUAGCAGCUGCGCGAGCCGGUCCUCUUUACUUCCUGUUUGAAGCCAGUCCGGUUUACUGCUACUGUGGGGCACAUGUCUUAAUGCAGUGUCAAAGCACUUAAUGACCUGACAAACAAUAAAUAAUAAAAGAGAAACGAAAGCGGUUUAACAUUUGAACUUCAGAAUUUAAACCACUUAAUAUCUGUGCAGCUCGACAUAUUUAUUAGCAGGAGAGAAUAACAGAGGAUUUAUUUUGUGGUUCAGUUCUCUCACCAAACCACCAGGAUGUUUGUCUGCAGGUACCAAAUCAUUGCUCGGAAAAUCAGGAAAGCGAUUGAGCUGCUUCAGGAACGGGCAUCAGAAUUUGAAGGGAGUGCAUAUCUCCUCAAAAACUUCUCUGAUUUCAUCUGGAAAUCGACAGCUUUCAUCAGUCUUCAAAAUGACAUCAUCCGGCUUUUUGUGUUUUUAACAAACAGCGUUUCGAAAGACCGGUUUGACUAUUGAGGUAAACGGGUUUGCAAUGUCAGGCUCUAGACUGAGUUGUGUCCUGACAUCAAACAAUUUGCAUCUGGGAUUUGAAAAAGCAAGGAAGUAGGAAAAAAAAACACCAAUAAGGAAUUCUGGAGGCCUGAGUUCAUGAGCCAGCCACACAGGUGUGCUUGGAGCAGGUACUUUUAUUGUUAUGGUCAGUCUUAAGUCUGUGAAACAGACGUUUUCUUUUUUUAAACUUUAAAUUUGCUUCCAAAUGAAGCGUUGAGUGUUUUUGUUGUUGGUUUUUUGGUGUUGUUUUUGUGCAUCUUUUCUAAAUAGUCCGAUAUCAUAACUGCUUCACUGUAUGUUUGCAUAUUUAAUUUCAGUUUUGUGUUUUUAAUGGUACUGUAGUGUAAACCUCACAGGGUAUUGCUCUAACACAUUGCAUACACACAUUGCACACAGAUCAGAGCCGGGUAGCCUCUAGAUGCCACGGUUGUGCUGCAAGCCUGAUUCUGACCCGUUCAUGUACCAGCUUCUGCUGUGAGAGGGAAUAGCAGGACAUAGGAAUGCACUGUACUCGUAGCCAGCAUCCUUACAAAACACUACAACUUCAAUAAGCUAUGGCAACCGAAUGAGGCUGAUUUGCUGAAACAAAACCACACUGUGACUCACUGUGAUCAUGACUUUUUCAGGGUACGUUUUGAAGUUGCUGAUCUUGUUUGCUUGCUCAUUAUAAU